AUGGCUUCAAAGUCUGUAAGCUUCUCGUCAGCUCGAGAACUUCGGAGAGUCCAACAUGGAUUGUCGCAGUUACUCAACACGACAAGCGCUUCAAUUCCAUAUUCGAUUCGCAGAAGCUAUUCUCUGAGCGCUUCUAAAACCACCAUUCCUUCCAGAAAUACCGCAAGCUCACACCAAUUCUUGUUGUCGACCCCCACUCUAUGCGCCCAGCACCGCUACGCAUCACAGCUAGCAAAGUCCAUUCUGCCACGCCCCGGAACCGCAGCAGAAACAUAUGUGGCAUAUGGAUUCACGCAGAAGUUGUUUGAGGCUUGUUCGAGCCAGGCCGACUAUUCCAUCCCAGACGCGUCCGGGAACAGAGACAAGAUCCCGAAGAACGAAGCUGGCGAGGAUAUCGGAGUUGGAGAUGGAUGGUGGUAUAAAGAUCUUGGCCUCAUUCCCACAUUUUCAACCUGGUCUCAAGUCACGUUCUUGCACAUGUAUCUCCUGACCGUACGUCUCCGGGCAUUACCAAGCCAUGAAAGUGUCCAGACAUAUUCACGACACUUGAUCGACCAUUUCUCGCAUAACGCCGAGCACCGCAUGGACGUUCUGCACGGCUUCACGAGUCGUACGCUUCGUAACAAGUUCCUCAAAGAUCUCUUUAUCCAGUGGCGUGGCGUGCUUGCGGCUUACGAUGAGGGACUCGCGAAGGGAGAUGCGGUCUUGGGGGCAGCUGUGUGGAGGAACCUGUGGAAAGCAAACCACACAAGCCCCGACAACCAAGAAGAUAUAGACUGGACAAAAGUUGCCUACGUUGUUGCCUAUAUGCGACGGAGCCUCUAUGAGCUCUCCAAGGUACAUGAGGCGGAUCUGAUUCUUUCGCUAGAACGACACGCCGGAAAACCUGGCAUCUUUGGUAUUACCGAAGAUGACAAGAAAUUGGUGGAGACCGGACGGUAA